AUGACUUACGAAAUAACCAAAGAAGACUUUUUAUUUAUUGUCAACAAACCACGAUGUCGGGGUACCGAAAUAAGAAAUGGUAACGAAAAAGAGGGUCACGAAAAUUGUGGCAAUUGUAAAGGUAAUUAUUUUGUGGGCGGAGAAUGUAAUUAUGGCGGUCGGCACACCAUGGAGGAAGAGUUAAAACAAGUUAAUAAAAAUUUUGAGCAAUUUAAUGGUUUAGUUAAAAAAAAAGGUAAAAUCAGUGAGGCUAAGAGCGAAAGCAAAUUUCAGAAAAGAAGGGAUAAAUUAAUCAAUGAGUUCCAAGAAUUAAAAAAAAAAUGUGAUGGCGAAGGCAAAGAAUUUUUUCAAGGCAGUUGUAUUGGGUUAGACGGUUCACAAAAGGGUUUUACCAAAAAAAUAAAAGAAACUUUUUUUUUAUUAGCAGAGGGAUUAAAAAAUUACAUAAGAAUAGUUCAGAAUACCACUUGGGAGAAAAUAAGAAUUUUCCGCGAAAACCUAGAAAAAUUAGAAGCGUUGAGCAACAAGUAUACUGGAUUAGUCAAAGAGUAUGACAAUGAGAAAGACCCCGUUCGCAAAGCCCAUUUAUUUGCUCUUAUGGCGGAAAAACAGAAAGAAAUCGCCGGUUUUAGAUUGGAACUAAAUAAAGAUCCACUCUUUGAGUUAUUUAGUAAGGAAAAGGACGAAGAAUUAAAUAAUAUUGUCAAAAAUAUUUUCCAUGGCGAUGGACAGUUUUUCAAGUGA